CGAAUGAUCGGCUCGGAAUUUGUAGUGAAUGAGUGGGUGAAUGAGUCCGUGAACACAUAUUGGGGAAGACAAGAGGGAUGAAUUUAGGCAUGUUUACUAUGUGAGAUGUGUCUGAACGGAACCGGGAGCGGAUAGAUGAAGUGAUCCGGUGGGUUGGUGUGUCUGCAGCCCGGAGAGAGAGAGUAAGACCAAAACCUGGAGAGACUGUGUCAAAGUUUUUUGUGGCUGACUGGCCCUUCAGUGUGCAGGUGGACCCAGGCCAGAGGCAGCACUAGUGAGGAGGGAGAAUGGGAGGUGGAGGCCAGCUGACGGAGCCAGGAGAGCAGGUCGUUGGGCGAGCUGCUGGUGGAGGUGGAGGUGGUGUCUACACCUGGGAGGAGGUGCAGAGCCACUGCAACAGGAAUGACCAGUGGAUGGUGAUCGAUCGAAAGGUUUACAACAUCACACAGUGGGCCAAGAGGCACCCAGGAGGGAUCCGGGUCAUCAGCCACUAUGCUGGAGAGGACGCCACGGAGGCAUUCGCUGCUUUUCAUCCCGACUUAAAGUUUGUGCAGAAGUUCCUGAAGCCGCUGCUGAUCGGAGAGCUGGCAGCGACGGAGCCCAGCCAGGACCGAAACAAAAACGCGACAAUCAUACAGGAUUUCCACACUUUACGUGGAAAGGUGGAGAGGGAGGGUCUGUUUCGAGCUCGGCCUUUGUUCUUCUGCCUCCACCUGGGUCACAUCCUGCUGCUGGAGGCUCUCGCCUGGCUCAUCAUAUGGGUCUGGGGAACGAGCUGGACUCUGACGUUUCUGUGCUCUGUCAUGCUGGCAACCGCUCAGUUGCAGGCUGGAUGGCUGCAGCACGACUUUGGCCACCUGUCUGUCUUUGAGAAGUCCAGCUGGAAUCACGUGUUGCACAAGUUUACCAUCGGUCAUUUGAAGGGAGCGUCUGCCAACUGGUGGAAUCACCGGCAUUUCCAGCAUCACGCUAAACCCAACAUCUUCAGUAAGGACCCUGAUGUCAACAUGCUGCACGUCUUCGUAGUUGGAGACACUCAACCCGUGGAGUACGGCAUAAAAAAGAUCAAAUACAUGCCCUAUCACCACCAACACCAGUACUUCUUCCUUGUUGGACCGCCGCUUCUCAUUCCAGUUUACUUCCACAUUCAGAUAAUACGCACCAUGAUCUCCCGCCACGACUGGGUGGACCUGGCCUGGUGUCUGUCUUACUACCUUCGCUACCUGUGCUGCUCUAUACCCAUGUAUGGCCUGUUUGGCUCAGUGGUGCUCAUCAGCUUCGUCAGGUUUCUGGAGAGUCACUGUUUUGUGUGGGUGACUCAGAUGAAUCAUCUGCCGAUGGACAUCGACCACGAUAAGCACCAGGACUGGCUGUCCAUGCAGCUACAAGCCACCUGUAAUAUCAAGCAGUCCCCCUUCAACGACUGGUUCAGCGGACACCUCAACUUUCAAAUCGAACACCAUUUGUUUCCCACGAUGCCCCGCCACAACUACCACCUGGUGGCGCCGCUGGUCCGUGCACUGUGUGAGAAACACGGGAUUCCCUACCAGGUGAAAACAAUGUGGCAAGGCGUCGCUGACGUUUUCAGGUCACUGAAACACUCAGGCGACCUCUGGCUCGACGCGUAUCUCCAUAAAUGACAACUUGUACUCUCUACACUAGAAGGAGUGAUGUUUUCCUCCUCUUCUGCAUCAUACAUUGAUUGUAUCUGUUUGGUUUUAUAAUCCAGUUGAUGGUGUGGGAAUGACCUUUUUUUAGUGUCGGUGUUAUAGUUCAGUUUUUUCAGAUUUUUAGUGCUCACAGGAUUUCUCUGAAUUGCCUUACAGUGAACAACUCUAGUACUGUGUUAUAGAUACAAUUGUGAUACUGAUUGUGAGGUAUUUAAAGUGAUGUUUUUUCAUUAUCUAUCUUGUGAUACAGUUUGAACAAUAAUAAUUGAGGAUUAGUUAAAGUUACUGUACUUAAUUUAACUUCCUACUUUACUUGCAAUUCUUUGUUCUGAUCUUACAGUAUCAAAUAAAGGAUCUGUAUUGACU